GCGCGGAUAUGACGCAAAGUGAGUUUCCUGACGUCAUCCACAGUAAAGCCGCCAAAUGUCAAAUCGCUGCAGCAGGAGUUCAGAGAUUAUCGUCUUAUGAGUAUGAAAACAAUAAAAAGUCAAGGCAAAUCUGCUCCAGAAGAGGUUUCUCUCAAUGGGAAAGAUGCUCUUCAGCUCCUUCCACAGAAACUUCAGGAGAAACUCAUGCCUUUCCAGAGAGAAGGAGUUUGUUUUGCUCUGUCUCAAAAUGGACGGUGCAUGAUUGCGGAUGAGAUGGGAUUGGGAAAGACAAUCCAGGCCAUUUCUGUGGCAUAUAUCUUCAAACAGGAAUGGCCUCUGCUGAUUGUUGUGCCAUCUUCACUGAAAUACCCUUGGAUCGAGGAGUUGGAGAAGUGGAUUCCUGAACUCGACCCCAGAGACAUCAACUUGGUGGAGAGCAAGACCGACACAAUGAGUAUCAGCACCAGCAAAGUGACGAUACUAGGAUACGGGCUGCUCACAACGGACGCACGCCCCCUACUGGAGGCCUUGAACAAGCAACGUUUUGCCGUGGUUUUAGUAGAUGAAUCCCACUACCUGAAAUCCCGCAACGCAGCCCGUAGUAAAAUCCUGGUGCCAAUCAUCCAGAGCGCCAAGCGUGCAAUCCUUCUAACUGGCACCCCGGCGCUGGGCAGACCAGAGGAGCUUUUCAUGCAAAUCGAUGCUUUGUAUCCGCGGAGGUUUGGAACCUGGAGUGACUACGCCAACAAAUACUGCAACGCACAUUAUAGGUAUUUCGGGGCCAGACGGCAGUGGGAUUGUCGCGGCGCGUCUCAUUUGGAUGAGUUACACAAGCGUCUGAGUGAGAUCAUGAUUCGCAGACUGAAGAAUCAGGUGCUCACUCAACUGCCACCCAAAAUACGCCAGCGAAUUCCCUUCGACCUGCCCAAAGAUGCAGCAAAGGAAGCGAGUGCUAGUUUUGAGCAGUGGGAGAAACUGAUGAGCUCUGAGAGUGAGAAUCAGUUUGUGGAGGUGAUGAGUCUCAUCACACACAUGUAUAAGCAGACCGCAGUUGCCAAGGCCGGAGCGGUGAAGGACUAUAUAAAGAUGAUGUUGGAGAGCGAACAGCUGAAGUUUCUGGUCUUCGCUCAUCAUCUCAGCAUGCUGCAGGCGUGUACUGAGGCUGUCAUCGAAGCCAAGGCUGGUUAUAUCCGCAUCGAUGGCAGCGUUCCGUCUGCAGAAAGGAUCCAGUUGGUGCAUCGUUUUCAAAAUGAUCCAGACACGCGUGUGGCAGUACUCAGUAUACAGGCAGCUGGACAGGGUUUGACAUUUACAGCCGCGUCUCAUGUGGUAUUUGCCGAACUCUACUGGAACCCCGGACACAUCAAACAAGCAGAGGACAGAGCGCAUCGAAUAGGGCAAACCACGACCGUACACAUCCACUACCUCAUCGCCAAAGGAACAUUUGACACCGUCAUGUGGGCCAUGCUCAACAGAAAGGAAACGGUGACCGGCAGCGCUCUGAAUGGAAAGAAAGAGUAUCUGAAGGCUGAAGAGGGAGACCAGGAGAAGUGGGACUUCCUGAAUUUUGCCCAGGCGUGGACGCCAAACCAGAUGCUGAAAGGAGACUCGGAGGAUGACAAGGACGGGGUUUUCUUUUCGCAUUUUGAAAGGGACAAGCAGCACGACAUCCGAUCGUUCUUUUCCCCCUCUGUGCACAAAGAAAAGAAAAGGAAACGAACUGAGGAUUCAACCUCUGAUGGAUCUCCUCUCCCUCAAUUACCAGCGGGGGCGGAGCCUAGUCAAACCCCGGAGACUCCGAGUUUUGAUUUGACGGCUGACCAGGGGGAGGACUUUUCCCCACAGGUGAAGCGCUUUCGGCAGGUUAGCCCCUUGUCGCGGCGCGGGGGUAAGAAGAGCCCCCUGUCUCCCUUGUUCGCCCCCCGCAGGCUCUCUGCAGGACUGCAGACUCCACGCCACAAUCAGAAGUGGAACUGUUCGUCGUGUACUUUCUCCAACAGUGGACUCCUGCUGCGCUGUGAGAUGUGUGACAGUCCACGAAACAUGCAGAAAGCUCUCAGUCCACCUUCUUCUUUACCAGAUCCUUCAUCUUCCUCAUCGCUCACAACCAUCUGCAUCUCCGAUUCAGACACUGAAAAUGAACCUUCUACAUCCAGCAAAACACAAACUCCACACAAACAUCCAAACCAACAGGCCAGUCCAAAUAAGGCAAAUAAGGAUAUUUCUGAAGAACAAGGAUCCACACCAAAAACAUCCAACGGAGAUUCAGCUAAUGAUGAUGGCGCUCAUGAAGAGUCGGGUGACUGUGUUUCUGUGUACGACUGUCUGAAGUUCUGCGCCAGCAAAAACACUGACAGGAUUUACAUCCAUGACAAGGACGGUCUCCCACUCCACUGUAACUUCAUUCCCUUGGAUAUCAGACUGCAGAACUGGGAGGAACUGCCACCAGAAUUCAAUCAGAGCCAGAACAGGAGACAGGUUGUGCGGUUUGUGCGUGAGUGGAGCUCUCUGACUGCGAUGAGGCAGAGGAUGGUGAGGAAGAGUGGAAGAGUGUUUCACAGCCCAAUCCUGCUGCUGGAGGAGCUCACACAAUCACAGCGGAGACACAGCAGCACCUCCAGGUACCUCUCCAAACACGAUGUGGCUCAAACCUCCAUCGCUGUGGCCCAAAAAGAGGGCGGAGCAUUGCGCAUCAUCAACAAAGACAGCGUUGCCUUUAAAAGAACAUCCACAUCUAAACCUGCUGACCCUCCUAACAGGGAACCUGAGAGCUCUGCGUGUGUUCAGACGGACCCCUCAGCCGGUUUCCUGCAGGCCGUGGACUCGUCUGGGACGCCCCUGUGUCUGAGCUGCCAGAAGCCCAGCGGGGAGCAGCGCGGCUGGGCAGGAGGCUUCUGCAGCCCGGCCUGCAUGGAGGACUUCCAGCUGCGCUCCAGCCAGGCCUACAUGCGGGCCCGCGUGCUGGAGGCCGAGCAGGGUGUGUGUCAGCAGUGCGGCCUCAACGCCCACCAGCUGUACCUGCAGGUCCGGGACGCCCCGCUCACACACCGCAAGGACAUGCUGGAUAACACCUGGCUGGCACAGCUGCCCCUUAAACAGCUGAAUGAGAUGAUCCAGAGUCCCGCUGAAGGACAGUUCUGGCAGGUGGAUCACAUUAAGCCGGUGUACAGAGGAGGAGGACAGUGUUCACUGGAGAACCUGCAGACCCUCUGCACCGUCUGCCACCGCAUGAGAACGGCGCAGCAAGUCAAAGACAGAAGUCAGAUGAAGCGAAACCAAGCAGCCUCCAAACUGGCCUCUGACAUCACACGAUUCUUCGUAAAGAAAUGAGACGCCCUGCAACUCUUCAAAACGCAGAAAUGACCUUCGUUUACCAACAUCUGCAGGUUUUGGAGAGCAGCGCGUCACUGAACAUGAUUUUAAUCACUGAUCUCAGCGUGAGACACGAUAGCUUUGAAAUGAUUAACAUUUGAUGUGUGCAACCGUAAGUAAAAAUCACUAAAUAAAGAUGCUGUCACUUUUCAAACAUUGA